GCGCCGACUCGCGCCGCCCGCCCCGUGGCCUGGGUGAGCUCGACGCUCUCCCGGAGUCGAUUCCUUGGCUGCGGCGCCAUUUUGCAGGAAGAGCCGGGAGAGAGGAAGAAUUUAUUUAAAUAGAGAAACAACCCUCAGAAAUGGCCAAUGUGCUCUGUAACAGAGCAAGGCUGGUGACCUAUCUACCAGGAUUUUACUCCUUGAUCAGAAGGGUUGUAAAUCCCAAGGCUUUUUCCACAGCAGGAUCUUCUGGCUCAGAUGAGUCUCACGUUGCUGCUACACCUCCUGAUAUAUGUCCAAGAACUGUGUGGCCAGAUGAAGUAAUGGGACCAUUUGGUCCUCAGGACCAGAGAUUCCAGCUCCCGGGUAAUAUAGGUUUUGAUUGUCACCUAAAUGGUACAGCUUCUCAGAAGAAAACACAAGUUCAUAAAAGUUUGCCUGAUAUAUUAGUGGAGCCCUUAUCAAGUGAAAGACAUGAAUUUGUGAUGGCACAAUACAUAAACACGUUUCAGGGCACUGAUGUCCCUCCUAAACAGCAAAUAAGUAAUGUUGAAACAUACUUUGAAAAUGCUAAGAUAGAAUGUGCAAUACAAACUUGUCCAGAACUGUUACGAAAAGACUUUGAAUCAAUGUUUCCAGAGGUGACUGCCAAUAAUCUAACAGUACUAACCAUAACCCAGAAAACUAAAAAUGAUAUGACUGUAUGGAGUGAAGAAGUGGAAGAUGAGAGAGAAUUGUUAUUAGAAAACUUUGUUAAUGGUGCCAAGGAAAUUUGCUAUGCACUGUUUUCUGAAGGCUAUUGGGCUGACUUUAUUGAUCCAUCAUCAGGAUUGGCAUUUUUUGGACCAUACACAAACAACACACUGUUUGAAACAGAUGAACGCUACUGCCAUUUAGGAUUCUGUGUUGAUGACCUUGGCUGCUGCAAAGUUAUUCGUCAUAAUCUCUGGGGUACUCAUGUGGUUGUAGGAAGUAUUUUCACAAGUGCUGAACCUGAUAGCCCUAUCAUGAAGAAAUUAAGUGGAAAAUAGCAACUAUGAGGUUCUUACAAGUUAAUAUUGGACUUGUGUAUUUUUACUUGAUGAUUUGUCUAUAAACACUGUCAGGAAAUGCCAAGUUUUAGAGUAUGCUCUUAUAAAUAAUAAAAUAACUGUUAUUUGUUUUUAGUCUGUGUGGAAUACAUAUUCACCACAUGAUUUACACUAUUGACAACAUUUUAGUUGAUAGGUAUGCAGAUAUGCCAUAUGAUUUUAAAGCUGCAAGUUACCCUUGUCCUGAGUUGAUUGAAAGUAUAAAACCAAGCAUAAUUCAGUCACCUUCUGGUUGUUGUUGUUGUUUGAAAUGCCUUUAGCUAUCCAUGUUAACAAGAUCGCUCUGAGCCCAUAGCUUUUCCACGCUGUGGAGAUGGGACCUACUCUGUUCAGAGGGUCUUGAUGUGUUGUCUAGGCAUUCUCUCCACUAUCCAAAACAAUGCCAUAUAUUUGUACUUUGUGGUUUUGGGCCUUAUCCCUGUGAAUAAGAUCCAGAAAUGUUUGCAAGAUUAGUAAGCACUGCUGUUUGCAAAACCAACUGAACUAUUGCACAGAAAUUUUU